AUGGACACCCAAACCCUUGACCUUCUCAAGAUAAGAGAUGAUGUCACAUGGUACAUAAGGAAGCUAGGCUUGAGCAAGCUCUUCAAGCUAGAGUGUAGUGAGUACUCACAACUCACCAAGGAGUUCCUCUCCACAGUAGCUCUUGCCUUUCCCAACCACAAUGGAGACCAACCAGCUGGUGAUGGACUCCUACUCUUCAAGAUAGGCGAUGCCAAUGGGCGCAUCUCCAUCUCAGCUCUAUGCCAACUCUUUGGACUUCCCAAUGAGACAGCACAUGACUUCAAGGAGAACUCAAAGAGGAAACAAGCUGCCUUUGCUGAUUGGACACACUUUGCCAAUGAACCAUUCUUGCCUUCAAGAUCAAAGGUGUCUAGAAUCACUCAUCCAGCCAUUCGCUAUGUGCACCGCCUCAUCUCCACCACUUUCCAAUGCAAACAAGAAGCCAACAAGACAUUCAUCAAUGUGAGGAAGCUAGCUAAAGACUUGGAAGGCAACAAGAAGCUUUGUGUUCGUUUUGGGAGGCUUAUCACGGCCAUAGUGCAUGUGGGGAUUGACAUUCCCAACUAUGAGCCACUACCCAAGCCAACCCCUUUGGAUCUCCAUGCCCUUCAGCACAUCCACUUCCUAAACCGUUGGACUAAAGACCCAACUCGGUUUUGCUAUGAGUUUCCAAUUGGUCCAGCCAACACUUCCCUUGUCUUGCUGCCACAUGAGACAUCCCAAGCCUACGCUCAGGAGUUGUCACUUUCCAGCCCAAUGAGGAAGACUUCUAUGUUCCAUCAAGUGAGAAACCAUCAUUCCCCAUGCUCACAUAUCGCACACUUCAGCAUGCAGUCAAGACUCAACGCCGCCACCAAGAACGCCAUGUUCUCACUACUGGCAUGGCCGCACCAAGCUCUAGACCGUGUUAACAAGCUGGAGAAGAUAGUGGAAUGCCAAUCUCGCUUCAUCUCACGCCUAGUUCCACGGCUCUAUCGAGAAUCAGCGCCCAACCGCGCAGACCGGCUGGCCGAGAAACGUGUUCACGCUCGGCCAAAUCACAUCCGUCCGUCUGAAGUCUCGGCCAAAGUUCAAACCGUCGGCCGAUCACGCAUCACGACCCGGGAAACAUGCCCGCGGUCGGCCACGCCACAACCGUCACGCCAGCCGCGCACGACCAUGCCGCGCGAGCCGGGAAAAAGCCUCGCGGCCGCGCAACCUGUCUCGCGUACCACGGCCGAUGCGCCGUCCGAGCCGGGAAACUACGUCCCGCGUCCGGCCGAGAAACAUCGGCCAAAUCUUCACCGUCCGACCACGCGGCCGACCGCGAAUCCCGUCCGGCCACGACCGUUCCGAUCUCGGCCCAUGACCCGAUCUGUCCGGCCGAUCGUCCCGACCGACCGUCCCAACGCCGCGGUCGACCCGAAGCCCGUUUUGAAGCCCGUUUCAUAUUUUCAAGGCCCGGCUUAA